GCGGCUUAAACCCUUAUCUCAUCUUUCCCCUCCGUCUCGACCUCAUCUCCAGCUACUAGGGUUUUGACACUGCCUUGCCCUGCCAUGGCGAUGGCGGCGCGCGCCGUCCUCCUCUCCCGCCUGUCGCCGCUCCCGGCCGCGGCCUCCCGCUUCGUCCUCCUCCGCCCGCUCGCCGCCGCCGCGACCCUCCUCCCGGCCGCCGCGGCCUCCACCAUCCCGGCGGCGGCGGCGCGCGGGGCGGCGGUCAGGUGCUUCGCGACGCAGCCGGCGACGUCCUCGCUGCGGGACUCCUCGCCCAACUGGAGCAACCGCCCACCCAAGGAGACGAUCCUCCUCGACGGGUGCGACUUCGAGCACUGGCUCGUCGUCAUGGAGCCGCCCCCCGGCGACGCCUCCAACCCCGAAAUCACGCGCGACGAGAUCAUCGAUAGCUACAUCAAGACCCUCGCCCAGAUCGUCGGAAGUGAGGAAGAGGCUAAGCAGAAGAUAUACUCGGUGUCAACUCGUCACUACUUUGCUUUUGGUGCCCUUGUAUCUGAGGAACUCUCUUACAAACUCAAAGAGUUGCCCAAGGUCCGCUGGGUCCUCCCAGACUCAUACUUGGAUGUAAGAAACAAGGACUAUGGAGGGGAGCCCUUUAUAAAUGGGGAAGCUGUUCCUUAUGACCCUAAAUACCACGAGGAGUGGGUCAGGAACAAUGCCCGUGCCAAUGAAAGGUCUCGGCGCACUGAUCGGCCCCGCAACUUUGACAGGUCAAGGAACUUUGAGAGGAGAAGAGAGAAUCAGCAGAACUUCCAGAACAGAGAUGCACCUCCUGGGGGCUUUAACAGUCCCCCAGGCCCCCCCCCACCUCCUGGGAGCUUCAACAGCCCUCCACCACCUCCUGGCCAGGGCUUCAACAGCCCUCCACCACCACCUGGCCAGGGCUUCAACAGCCCUCCACCACCACCUGGCCAGGGCUUCAACAGCCCUCCACCACCACCGGGCCAGAACAGAGGCAUGCCUCCACCACCGCCUCCACUGCAUACGGCUGGGGGUCCACCGCAUUAUCAAUCUCACAUGCAGAACCCACAGGCAGCUUACACACCAGGCGGUUCACCCCACAUGCCAAACCCGCAGGCAGGGUACACACAGGGAAGUCAGCCGGGCUAUGCACCUGGUGGUGCACAAAACUAUCAGCAAAGCGGUGCUCCUGGCUACCAGGGUGGACCUUCUGGGUAUCAGGGUAACCAAGGCGGACCUCCUGGGUAUCAGGGUAACCAAGGCGGACCUCCUGGGUACCAGGGUUCUGGUAACCAAGGCGGGCCUCCUGGAUACCAAGGUGGCCCUGGCCCUGCACACCCUGGCAGCAACCCUGGAUACCAAGGUGGCAACACGCCCCCUCACGAAAGUCAUGGCGGCCGUUUCUACGGCAAUGCACCUGACCGCUAUAAUCAACAGUAAGGUCAAGGAAGAGGCCAACCCGAACUAUCAACGUGAAGGCGAUGAUGAGUCCACAAGUGAAACUGAUUGGCCUGCGAGGCACUGCCAGUAUUAAUCCUGUAGGAGAUACGAUAUUCCGUGGUAUAAAUUAAGCUAUUGUUAUGGGAUGUUUUCAUCUAUUCUCAGUUGUAUCGACCUAGAAUAUUAUGCGUCUUGCUUGAACUUUUUAUGUGCUGUAUUUGCCAAAAUGAGGUCAGUUGUCCACAUUUGAGUGUGCUCUGAGCAAGAAUAAAUUGUGCGGUGAGUUGUCAGACGGUAGAUCCAUUGUGGUGUCAUGUUCUUUUUCUGUAAUAUAUAUUUUGCAUCUUC